AUCGGCACAGGGCACCAUCGGCUUCCCUUCGACUUGACCGGAGACUCCCCAGCCGACUCCAUAGACUGACUGUUCGUCCUUGCGAGAUUGCGCGCGUACACAAACCUCGUUUUCACGACCACCGAAAAGAACUUGCACAGCAUGUACGGCGGCGGAGGCGGCGGCGGUUACCGUCAGCAAAUCACCGGAACAAACAAUAUCCCCCUGGGCACCCGCAGAAAGCGAGACGAUUACGACGAUCACGCUCCUCCCCCGCCCCCACCGAUCAAACAAGAAUACUCAUAUGGCGGCGGUGAAGAGCGCAGAUAUAACAACGUGCCUCCUCCACCUCCCGCCAGCGCACAGUCGGAUCUCGCUGAUGUGAAAGAAGAAGGCAGGGAAGGUCGAGCCAGGAAACGCCGUUCUCGAUGGGGAAAUGAAGAGACGAAGAUCAAUAUCCCGGGCAUGCCAACGGUUUUGCCUGCUGGACUUGCCCCUGAGCAGCUGGACGCCUAUGUCAUACACAUGAGACUUGAGGAAAUCGCGGUGAAGUUGCGGAAUGGGGAUUAUGUGCCGCCUGAGAAGGACCGUUCGCGAUCACCUGAACCCAUCUACGGCGCAGAUGGUAAGCGUAUCAACACUCGCGAAUACAGAUACAGGAAGAAACUGGAAGACGAGCGCCACAAGCUCGUCGAAGAGGGUCUGAGGAAGCUGCCUGGUUUCAAGCCUCCUACAGACUACAAGCGUCCCAGCAAGACUUCGGACAAGAUCUACAUCCCCGUUAGGGAUUAUCCGGAGAUCAACUUCAUCGGGCAGUUGAUUGGUCCGCGUGGAACAACCCUGAAACGCAUUGAAUCCGACUCUGGAGCGAAAAUCAGUAUUCGUGGAAAAGGUUCCGUCAAGGAAGGAAAAGCCCGCGCGGACGGAUCGCUCGCACCUGGCGAAGAAGAGGACUUGCACUGUCUGGUCACCGCCGAUUCGGAGGACAAGGUUAAGAUUGCCAUCAAGGCUAUUGAAAAAGUGAUUGAAACGGCCGCGAGUGUACCGGAGGGGCAGAACGAAUUGAAGAGGAUGCAGUUGCGUUAUUUGGCUGAACUUAAUGGAACGCUGCGUGAUGAUGAGAACCAGACUUGUCCCAACUGCGGUGGAGUUGGUCAUCGUCGUUUCGAAUGUCCUGAGCAGAAGAAUUUCACUGUCAAUUUGGUAUGCCGUAUUUGUAACGGUGUCGGUCACGCUGCCAGAGACUGUAUGCAGCGCAACGAUCCCGAAGCGUUGCGUGAGGCGGAGCAGCGUGAUCAGAAACUCGACAGCGAGUAUGCCAACCUAAUGGCUGAGCUAGGGGACUCCAGUGCGGGAGCCGCCGGGGCCGGACCUGUCGCGCGUUCGAACCACUAUGGACCCGGCCGUCCCUCCGGCCCACCCUCCGCAGCACCAGGCGGACGUCCCCCAUGGGCUAGCGGCGGCGGCGACCGCGGACCAUCGACCGGAGGAGCCGGCGCCCCUCCACCAUGGGCACGACGAGACAACGGCCCUCCAUCAGGCCCACCACCGCCAUGGCAGCAAGACCCUAUCGCUCCUGCUCCCCCGGGAUACGGUCCUCCUGGCAUGGGACCCCCCGGAGCCCCCAACAUGGGACCCCCAGGCGCCCCCGGCAUGUCACCCGCUCCCUGGAACCAACCUCCCCCCGGCGCCUACAUGCCCCCGUACGGCGGCGGCGACUACUACGGCGGUGGCGGUGGUAUGGGUGGCCCACCCGGUAUGGCUCCACCUGCUCCGCAUAUCCCUGCGCCGGCGUGGGCUCCACCUCCGCCGCCGCCGCCGGCUGAUCAGGCGCCUCCCCCGCCUCCGCCUGCGUAUUGAGGGGAGACGCUAGGGGUGGUGGUUAUGGAAGGGAACUGGAAGGGUUUUGUAGUGUAGGCGUUUGAAGGAGUUGUGAGUAAACGUCGGGAAAUGAAACCGUUUGGAGGGUAUUGUUUGUGCAUGUCCAAAUCUUGACCUUUUCCCACCCGGGCGUGGUAUUUGUGAUCGAUUUCAUGAGAAUGGGGGAAUGUCAUGUUUUGGUCAAGACAAGUACAGUACAUAGUACGGCUCUUCCCGCAUGAUGCAUGCAUAUGUGCAGUCCCGGUGCGCGAAAAUCGAUUGCUUAUACCAUCAACUACUCCCCAACAUGUAUUGCUGUG